AUGAAGUGGAGAAGGGAGCUUAGGGAGAGGGAGGUGGAGGCAGUCAACUCUCUAACCUCAUUCAUUUCUCCGUACAUGCCGACUGCAGGUACCAAUGAUGGGUGGACUUGGAGAGCGUCCCUUGAUGGCAAAUACAUUACAAACUCAGCGUAUGCGGUCAUUAAAUCAAGAAGGAGCGAGCAAUCGAAUCAAAUUGCAGAUGCGUCGCUUAUGGCGUCGGUGUGGCAGACUUUAGCACCAAUGAAAGCAGUGGUCAACGCAUGGAGAUUGCUGAGGAAUCGCCUUCCGACUUGCGACAACUUGAGAAAGAGGAAUAUUAAUCUUGGUGACGAGGAGUUAGAGUGCAAGCAGUGUUACUCCCAUAAUGAAUCGAUUAGUCAUCUGUUCAUCUCAUGCCCAAAAACACAGGAGGUGUGGAACGAAAUUCAGAAUUGGAUUGCAAUUCAGACAGCUCGACCAUCUUGGCCGGAUGCGCACUGGGAGAGUUUCAGCCAUUGUUGCAAGGAGAAGAAGAUUGGGAAGCUUCUUAAGUCGAUUUGGGUUGGUUGUUGCUGGCUGUUGUGGAAAAAACGGAACGAUAAAAGAUUCGAAGGCAAGGAUUGGGAGAGCAAGAGCUUGGUUGCGGAGCUUAAAGCUAGAUUGUGGAGUUGGAACAAAAGUUUUGGAUCUUUGAACAAUGAGAUGGAGUUCACCUUUUGGAGCUCCAACGAUUUAAUUUCUCGUAUUUGGUCUUCACACCUUGCGCUCGCGCCCGUGUAG